GUUUUACAAAAAAAGAAACGUCACACGUGCAGACUUCGGGAUACUAUUUUAGAGGUACACGUGCUAGCUGCGUGGAUAAGCUUGACAUGGGCAUCCAGCUAGAAUCAGAUGUCAGCCACACCACAUGUCCACACAUGACACACACCCUGCCCAGUGUCCGGACUCACAGCUAACAAACCAAACCACUCUUUUCCUCUAGUACGUACGUAAGUACGUAGCUCCCGUCAGUCCGUCUCCAUGGCCGCCAAUCAAGAACACCACCAGCAGCAGCACAGUAGUCCCCAGGGCCACCAUUUCCUGGUGGUGGCCUACGGCAUGCAGAGCCACGUGAACCCAGGACGCGCCCUGGCUCACCGUCUCGCACGGCUCAGCCGUAUCAUCGACGGCCGCCGCUCCAUCCUCGCCACGCUCUCCGUGCCGGUGGCCGCCCAACGCCGCCUGUUCCCCACGCCAUCAUCAACCGGCGGCGGCGGAGGUGGCGAGGCGGUCGCGGAGGAGGCCCGCAGCGACGGCGUCAUCUCCUACGUUCCCCACUCGGACGGCUUCGACGACGGCGCCGCGCCCAAGACCGCCGAGGACUGGCCCCGCAGGCGCCGCGUGACCGCCGAGAGCCUCUCCGCCAUCGUCGCCCGCUCCGCCGCCGCCGGGAAGCGCGUCACGUGCAUCGUGUUCACGAUGGUGGGGCCGGCGAUGGUCGACGUGGCGAGGAGCCACGGCAUCCCCUUCGCCGUGUACUGGAUCCAGGCGGCCACCGUCCUCGCCGCCGAGUACCACUACUUCCACGGCGGCUACUGCGGCGGCGGCGACCCCGAGCACGGCGAGGUGAGCCUGCCCGGGCUGAGGCAUCCUCUCCGGGUCCGGGACUUGCCGUCCUUCCUGCUCGACACGACAGGCAGCGUGCUGGCCGAGGCCCUCAUGGACAUGUUCCGGGAACUGUUCGAGAGCAUGGACCGAUGGCGUCCCAAGGUGCUGGUGAACACACUGGAGGAGCUGGAGGCAGACGUGCUGGCGGAGAUGAAGCGGCGGUGCCUGGACGUGGUCACCGUCGGCCCCAUGCAGGUUGGGUCGUCCUCGACGGACGACGCACGGAUCCAUCUGUUCAAGCACGACGACGACGUGGACAAGAAGAGGUACGUGGACUGGCUCCGUGCCCACCCGGCGGAAAGGUCGGUGGUGUACGUGUCGUUCGGGAGCGUGACGAAGGUCGCCAUGAAGCAGAUGGACGAGGUAGCUGCAGGGUUGCGGCAGUGUGGGCGGCCAUACUUGCUGGUGGUGCGCAAGGACGGACUCGAGGACGACGACGGCAACAACCAUGAUGGAAGCAGCGGCAGCAGCAGCAGCCAUGGCGGCUGCUUGGAGGACACGCAGACGCAGAGCUGCUGCCAGUGCCAGGCGCAGGGCAUGGUCGUGGACUGGUGCGACCAGCUGGAGGUCCUGUCACACCCGGCGGUCGGGUGCUUCGUCUCGCACUGCGGCUGGAACUCGAUGGUGGAGGCCAUGGCGUCCGGCGUGCCGAUAGUCAGCGUUCCGCAUUCGUUUGACCAGCCGACAAAUGCCUACUUGGUGGAGGAAGAGUGGGGGGUUGGCGUCAGAGGAGAGAGAAGCAGCGACGGUGUGAUCACGGGGACAGAGCUGGCAAGGUGCAUCGAGUUGGUCAUGGGUGAUGGUGCAAGAGCAGUGGCGAUAAGGGAAAGGAUGAAGGGAUUGAAAGAGAGGGCGCAAGCAGCAGCCAGUGCAGGCGGGUGUGUGGAGCGAAACCUCCGUGACUUUGUCAAAACAUUCCAAUGACACAUUUUGCAGGAGACGAAAACAGUAUAAAUGCCGUGGUAGAGAAUAUAACUGAUCUGCAGAUCCUUUCGUGGCACAACCAAAAUUAGCUGGAUCGGAAGAUGAUCCUUGAUCUCUAUGCGUUAAUUAAUUACUUCUAGUAGUAUCUUUCUCUUAUCUCCCUACUCUGUAGUAGUACGUCAGUAGCUCGCUAGCACAUGGUGUUAUCUCUUCAUUAAUUAAGCUAUCUAUGUAAGUCAUUAUCCACGUCAGCAGCUUACUAUCCAUGUCAGCAGCUCACUAUCCACAUGAGACAGCACUCAAUUA